AUGAAGGCUAUCCGGCGCUCACUCAAGGGCGAAAAAGAACCGAAACCACAACAUAUCUCCAUCACCCCAAAGUCUGCCAUUGCUAUUCUCCCACCAAAAAAGGUUAUCAAAGCCCUUUAUAACCACAGGCCCGAACCUGGCAAUACGCAGGAGCUGGCUUUCAGCAAGGGUGAUUUUUUCCAUGUCAUAAGCAGAGAAGACGACACCGACUGGUACGAGGCGUGCAACCCUCUAAUCCCAAGCGCGCGGGGCCUCGUUCCUGUCUCAUUUUUCGAGGUUAUUGGCAAAAACGAGCGUAACAGUGGUGGGUCUGCGGGGAACCCCGAAGAAUACAGUCAAGACCUGCACGACUCUGGAUUUUCGGAUCGCAGUCCACAACACUCCCGGUCAGACUCGACAAACACUACCAAGCAAGCCGCUCGCGCCAGGAUGUCUGCCAUUGGCAAGGGCUCUGGCGCCAUGGUGUACGGCAUUGUACAGUACGAUUUCACCGCGGAACGCCCGGAUGAACUCGAUGCAAAGGCUGGCGAGGCCAUUAUCGUGAUUGCCCAGUCCAAUCCAGAGUGGUUCGUUGCGAAACCUAUCGGUCGCCUGGGCGGCCCAGGCCUGAUUCCCGUUUCGUUCAUUGAGAUUAGAGAUAUGACAACAGGCAAGGCCGUGGCAGACCCGCACGACGCUGUCAGAAAAGCUGGUGUCCCCCGCGUCGAGGAGUGGAAGAAGAUGACGGCGGAAUAUAAAAACAGCUCUAUCACCCUAGGGAAAUUCGAGGGUGGAGCACAGGGUGCAGCAGCAACAGCGGCAUCGGGAGACAUUAGCAGAAUGACCAUAAAUGGCAGCGAUCCUCCACAAUUCGGGCGUAUACUCACCGAACCAGCAACAAUACCAGAACCAAGCAUACCGACAAUCUACCCAGAAGAGCCGCAGCAAUCUCAAAAUUUUUACCCCCCGGCCCUCGCGCCGGUUUCCGCAUGCAUCCCCCGAUUCGACACCGAUCACGAUAAACACUGGUUUGUCAUUAGGGCUAAAAUGGAAGAUGGACGGUAUUGGGAAUUGUCGAGAUACUAUCACGAUUUCUACGACUUCCAGAUUGCCCUCCUGAGAGAAUUCGAGGAGGAGGCCGGCAACAAGGGGAAACCGCGGACUUUGCCAUUUAUGCCAGGCCCCGUCACGCAUGUCACCGAAAAGAUUUCUAGUGGCCGACGGCAGAACCUAGAUGAAUACAUCAAGAAGCUAUUGUCGAUGCCCCCUCACAUCUCCCGCUGCCAGCUCGUCCGCCAACUCUUCGCACCGCGCCCCGGCGAUGUCGAAAUCUUCCCGACCACCUCAGACGACUACAGACUCUCCGGCGGUUCGCAGCAAUCCUCCGGCCACGUCCCUUCCCGAUCAGAGUCAACCCAUUCUACCUCCAGAGGCCAUAUAAACACGGGCAGCUACCCACCCGGCUCGAUGGGACCUCCACCAUCCUCACAACGCCAAGCGCAAGGGCACCCGCACCACCAGCAAGGACGCACGCCCUCGCAAUCACAAUCAAACGGCAACGGCAGCGUGAACCUCAGCCGCUCCGAGCUGCAAAACCAGAUGAUGAACCGGCAACAGAGCGCCGGCGCGAUCAAGAUCAAAGUCUUCUUCCAAGACGACCUUAUCGCCAUCCGCGUGCCUAGCGAUAUCAGCUACGCGCAGCUGCGUGAGAAGCUGAAGGACCGGCUGAAGCUGGGCGACGAGAUUAUGCUGCAGUAUAAGGAUGAGCCGAGUAAUGGGUUUGCGGAGUUGUUGAGUGACCAUGAUUUGGAUACCGCGCUACAGCGGAAUGCGAAGCUUACGCUGUAUGUUGGGCUUGCGUAG